AUGAAGUUUUACCAGCACCCUCUGGCCUUGGCAUUUGCGGUAGAUGAAAUCAACACGGAUUCCAAGAUCUUGCCUAAUGUCACACUUGGGUUCCACAUCUAUGACACUUACAAUGAUGAUAAAAUGGCCUACCGCACCACUCUGGAUCUUCUCUAUAAACUCCGUAGAUAUUUUCCUAAUUAUGAAUGUGACGUCCAGAAGAACCUAAUGGCCAUCAUAGGUGGACUUGGUUCUGAUGUUUCCUUUCACAUGGUGGACAUUCUGCUUCUCUAUAAGAUUCCCCAGCUCCACCAAUAUCUUCAACGUAUUUCAUUUAACAAUUCGGCAGGAGAAACCGUGUCUUUUAAUUAUAAUACAGAAAUAGGAGGUGGCUUUGAUGUCAUGAACUUGGUCACAUUCCCAAACAAGUCUUAUAAUAAAGUGAAAAUAGGAAAGGUGGGUCCCGAUUAUUUGGAAGGAAAAGAAUUGCUCAUUGAUGAGAACAGCAUUCAGUGGCAGAGUCGCUUUAACCAGGUUGUGCCGAUUUCACUGUGCAAUGACCGCUGCCAUCCUGGUUAUCAUAAGAAAAAGAGGGAUAAGGAGCUAUUCUGCUGCUAUGAUUGUGUUCCUUGCCCAGAGGGAAAGAUUUCAAACCAGAAAGAUAUGGAAGACUGUAUAAAUUGCCCAGAAGAUCAGUACCCAAGCAAGGACAAAGAUCAGUGCAUUCCCAAGACAAUCAGCUUUCUGUCUUCUGAUGAACCUCUAGGGAUCUGUUUAGCUUCAAUUGCACUUUCUUUUUCCCUAAUCACUGUGUGGGUGCUGGGAAUUUUUAUUAAGCACAGAGAUACCCCUAUAGUCAAAGCCAACAACCGGGAUAUAACCUACGCUCUCCUUGUCUCUCUCUUCCUCUGCUUCAUUUCUUCUUUGCUGUUCCUUGGACAACCUACCAAGGCGACCUGCUUCCUCCAGCAAUCUGCUUUUGGCAUCAUCUUCUCAGUGGCUGUUUCUUGUGUCUUGGCCAAAACCAUCACUGUGGUUGUCGCAUUCAUGGCCACCAAACCGGGGUCCAGCAUGAGGAAAUGGGUGGGGAAAAGAAUAACCAACUCCAUUGUCCUUCUUUGCUCCCUUAUUCAAGCAGGCAUAUGUGUGCUGUGGCUCGGAAUGUCUCCUCCAUACCCAGAUUUAGACAUGAAGUCUCUGAAUACACAGAUGGUAGCACAAUGUAAUGAAGGGUCUGCCAUCAUGUUUUAUAGUGUUUUGGGCUACUUGGGAUUUCUGUCCCUCGUCAGCUUGACCGUAGCUUUCCUAGCCCGGAAGUUGCCAGACACAUUUAAUGAGGCCAAGUUCAUCACCUUCAGCAUGCUGAUGUUUUGCAGUGUUUGGUUGUGUUUUGUCCCAACCUAUCUGAGCACCAAAGGGAAAUACAUGGUAGCGGUGGAGGUCUUCUCUAUCUUGGCUUCCAGUGCCGGGUUACUGGGCUGUAUCUUCUCCCCCAAAUGCUACAUCAUUCUGAUAAAGCCUGAGCUGAAUCAAAGAGGACAGUUACCUUGCACUGUGUGCAAAGUUGAUAGGAUACAGUGCACCCAAAAAGAGAUCCCUAUUCCUCAUGAAUGGUACCAGCCAGGAGACAUCCUCAUCGGUGGUAUUGUUUCUCAGUUCAUUUACCAUGUACGUGAACUAACGUUUGUGAAAUACGCUUCUCACGAGAUCCUUGAAGGCACAGAAAUGGCAACAAAGUUUUACCAGCACCCCCUGGCCUUGGCAUUUACGGUAGAUGAGAUCAACAUGGAUCCAAAGAUCUUGCCUAAUGUCACUCUUGGGUUCCACAUCUAUGACACUUACAACGAUGAUAUGAUGACCUACCGAACCACUCUGGACCUACUCUAUAAAUUCCAUAGAUAUUGUCCAAAUUAUGAAUGUGAUGUGCAGAAAAAUCUAAUGGCCGUCAUAGGGGGUCUGGGGUCUGAUGUCUCCUUCCACAUGGCAGACAUUCUAGCUCUCUAUAGAAUUCCACAGCUCACAUAUGGGUCAUUUCCCCCAGUGGACAGGAACAACACUAAGUCCCCUUCCUUCUAUCGCAUGGUUCCCAGUGAAGCCCAUCAGUACACAGGGAUUGUCCGGUUACUUCAGCACUUUGGAUGGACGUGGGUCGGGCUUUUCGCCGUAACUGAUGAUAGUGGAGAACAUUUCAUCCAGGAAAUGGAGCCAUUGCUUUUCCAGUGUGGAAUUUGUCUCAGCAUGAGGAGAAAGCAUCUAAUGAGCUUGCCGUUGCUGCGGAGCGGCCCUCAGGACGAGGAAGGCCGCUACAUCCGCAAAGGCUUCCACCACUGA